GGCGAAAAAAUGAUCAAGCUCUGUUUGUCUUGUUGAGCUUUGAUGCAGAGUUUCUACCUGACAAGAUUUCCGCUGAGUGACGCCAAAAGACUAAAAAAGUGGAUCCAUCAGACGAGACUGAAAGCCUGGAAGCCAACCAAAAGCUCCAGACUGUGUUCCGAGCAUUUCGAGGAGAAGUACCUGAUAACACCCUCAACUGGGCGUGGUGUUCGUUUACGUAAUGAUGCCAUUCCAACUAUAUUUUCCUUUCCUAGUCAGUUCCCAAAAAAGAAAACAGCUGGAACGAGGAAAAGAGUAACCUUGUUUCCUGAGGAUUGUGUUCCUGAGGAUGUGUCAACAAUUCAAGCUCAGCCAAAGUGCUCUGCAGAGUCAACACGGUUGAAGAAGACUCCCAGUUACUUAAACCAUAGUAUAUGGCACCCAAGUCGUUUCCAUGACGACUACUGUGUACCACAGAGUAUUGACUGGGCUGUGAAAGAUAAACCAAAUGAAGUCCCACCUUCAGCUUUACAAAAGCAAGGGCUGAUCUUUAUCCCCAAGCUCGCAAUCAGGUGGGAUGUUUACCUGGCUGCCAGUGUGUUCAGCUUCUGCUGCAAGGAGCACCCCACCACUAGACAAAUACCUCUUUCUCUGCUGCGCUGCAGAGGGACUCAGUCUGUCUCCACCUCACCAAGAAAGCUGCCUUACAAUGGGAUUAAAGGAAGAACCUUUGUCAUACUAGAGGCCCAACCACCUACAAAGGAAGUCUGUGUGGAGUGCAAUCAGUGCUUGGAAUGGAUGUUGGUCACUCAGGACUCUGAGCUGAAGAGAUAUGAGGAGAUGAAACUUGGGGAUGAGGACUACACCCACACCUGUGUGAGCUGCAGGGUGGCCAUGAGCUGCAGGGUGGCCCUGGAGGUCAUGAGAGGUUAGCAGACAAGGACAUGAAGAACUGGAUGUAAAUGAGAAAGCGUUUCAAACAAGGACUGAAAAGAUGGAGGAUAUAAUAAGGACGUUGGAAACCAAGUGGUGGUGAAGGAAGAUGUUGAUAUAGGAGUGAAGAGGUUAUAGGAGUGAAGGUUCCUAGUGGAAGAAGUACAUGUUGUGUAUGUAUUUGUAUAAGUUGCUCUGAUGGCCCUUUUGUCAUUAAAAACAACGGUAUAAAGUGUUUAAAUUACAUUUUGAUUGUGUUUCUUAAUUAAAUAAAAACUAAAAUGUUAUCUGAAUAAAA